AUUUUAAAAAGGCGAUAGGCCGUCGAUGCGUCACAUGAUCAAAACAGUGUACCAGGAGGAGGUAGCAUAUUGCGGUUAGCCUCAAUGUUAUCAACAGAGAAAUGCCGCAAAAAGAUCCUUGUCAAAAGCAAGCGUGCGCCAUCCAGACGUGUUUACAAGCUAAUAAGUACAUGGAGAGUCUGUGCGAAGAGGUGAUCCGAGACAUGCGCCGGUGCUGUAAAGCUAAUGUGGGAAACUCCGUCUGCUGCUCCGGUUUUAAGGACUCCAACCCGUCGGAGAACAAGAGCGACACAUGACUUUCACCCGUUCCCCUUCAUGUUGUGGUAGAAAGCUUCAAUAUCAUGAAUGUAGUAGAUCUUUAUCAUUCUGAAGCAUGCUGUAGUUCAGCAGGACCCGGAACUGUCAUUGAGACUGUGUACAUGAGGCUUUAAAGUAUAGUAAACAUUUCAGCAGCCUUUCUCAGAAGACAUUUGAACAUAACAUUUGGAGAGAAAAAAAAAAAAAGCCUUUAAACAUGACACCUUCCUGUCAACAGUCAUGAGAAUAAACUGGAUUUCUGCCAUUUUGUAAACACCUUGUUCGUGAGAUUCGGAGAGGAGCUUGGGCAUGUCAGAAAUAAGGAAGUGAGACAGGCUCGGGAAAAAAAAAAAAAAAACCAGACCCGACUCGUUUUUUCUUGUUCUAUUACUUCUUAAGGUUUUUUGGGUUUUUUCUUUUUUUUUUUUUUUUGACGGAUUGCAAGCAACAAUCUGGUGCAAUACCACCAUCAACUGAUAAGGAGUGUGGACUGCAACGACGCUAAAAAACAAAACCCUAACACCCUCACAUCCUUUCAAAUAAACGAGUCUGUUUAAGAUAAAGCAUCAAUGCUUGAGAACUAUCAGAUAUUGUACUCAGAUAUUUUUUUUAUAAAGAAAUGUUGCCCCAGAGAACUAUGAAGUCAGCCGUCUUCUCCAUGACUGUGUUGGCUGUAAUGUCGUCAUAACAUGACAUUUCUGUGUUAAAACAGCCUUUAUUGCUUUUAGGUAAGUCCGUUUUCUGUGAAGAUGAAUCGGAUUUUCAUUAGCUGUAACCCAUAAUCCUCAAUAUUAACAGAAAUAUAAACAAGCUAUAUCACUCUUCAUGAAAAUAUAUAAGAUUUGAGUUAAUCUUUUUUUAACUGAAUCAGUGAAAGGAUUCCACUUUUUGAGGAGAUAAUUUAUUGAGCAAUCUUAUGUAUUUUUUUUUUUUAGAGAUAAUGUGUUUUAUAUUUUAUUUAUACCUUAAUUUCUGCAGACCUCAAACAAUAUGAAAUUACACAGAAUUCAUGAAUCCAUCCAUCCAUCCAUCCAUCUAUACCUUGUCUUGUCCUUGCAGGGUCAUGGGAGGGGGGUUGGUGCACCAGUGGUCAUUGGGCAAGAGGUGGCGUACCCUCUGGACAGGUCAACAACCAGUCCAUCACAGGGUAACACAGAGACACCAAACAACCAUGCAAGCACACAUUCAAACCUAGUGACAAUUUAUAGAGACCAAUGAACAAUCAUCUUUUUGGACUGUAAGAGGACUCCAUGCAGAAAGAGCUAAGGGAUUUGAACACAGGACAUUCAGAACUUCCCGACUUCACUGUCAGCAUUCUGGAAUGUCUGCUGCAAUAUAAAAAAAAAUGUGCAAGGAA